GAUAGCAUGAGUAUGAAAACCAAAAACCUUGGACAAAAAAGCGAAUAAGUUAAGGAAAUAAAAAUUCGUCUCCCCGCCCGUUUAUAUUUUCUGAACCUUUAUUAUUUCGGAAGUUUUUUCCGUUCUCUUUUUAAGAAUUUCAAAAAUAUUUCCAACCUGCAAAGGAAGGCAAACCAAAUUUGUCGGCUUUUUCUCCAUUGCCCCUCCGGGCCUCUUUCUCAGUUUCCGGUGACAAAUCCUCGACAUCAGAGUUGUAUUGAAUCCGCAUAAAGAUUACUUGCCAUGAACAGUUUUUCUCCUAUUUUACCUCAAACCCAAAGCAGAUGAAAAGUAAAUUGGAAGCAAAUUUUUUGUCAUGGCUCAAAAUUAAGGAUCCUUGGGAAGGUAGAUUUAGUUUGCGCUUGUAUAGAAAAGUGUUUACAUUCUAGUGGACAAUAGAAGCCGAGGGGCCACUAGUUUAAGAGGUCAAUUGAUAGAAAACAGUACUUAAGUAGGUCUUUGAAUGAAGCGUUUUCAUUGCAAAUAAAUCACUAAAGAAAUUAAUAGAAUUCCAGCAGACAAUUUGAUUGUAUUGAAAAGACUCCAGACAUUCACAGAAACUAGCACAAGAUCAGUGGCAAACAAAGAUUUUCUAUUUUUAGAAAUACUGUGUUUUUGGUGCGUUGGACAGGGUGGAUAGAAUUUAGAAAUUAGGGGUAUUUCCAUCGAACGGUUAUAGUUUUUUAACUGAGUAUCUAGAAUGAAAACUUCAGAAAGAAUUUCUCAACAUAAAGCAAUUUUUAAUUGGUUUAUUAUUUACUUAGUAGUUUUACAGUGUUCUCCUUAUCAUUACGAUACAUUAGAUGCCUACCCUCCUGCGUCAAAGCAAAGCCUCCAACAACAGGAAGAAAUGAUGCUGUGCAAAAGAAUUCAAUUCAAAGGGUCAGGUCAAAGUUAUGGAGUUAUCAGCAGAAGCCCAAUUUUCGCAUCUUGAAGAUACAAGAUUGAAACCAUGGUCGAUGUAAUCAAAAUCGAAGGAGUAACAGUGGCCUAUCUUUCUGUCUCUUACUUCAUCGCUGUGCUGGCAGUUAUCCUUAAUAUCAUAGAAAUCUAUCUUAUCUUGAAGAAGCGUCACCAUGCAACCAAUUUUGAGGUCGUACUUUUCAAUCUCGCUGUGGCUGAUCUGUUAACUGGAGUUGGGUUUUUCAUUGUAACAUCCAUCUCAACAUACAUGUAUGUGGGACAAAUCCUCAGCAACAGAUUACUUGCACCGUCUUUUGCCAUUAUGGCACUCUCUAUCUCAUCAUCCAUCUUCUUUGUGAUAUUUAUUGGCAUUGAAAGGCUGAUCGCGAUUAAACUGCCAAUACGGCAUCGAAUGUGGCAUGCAAAAAGAAGUACCAUUUUCAAAUGGGCGGCACUUGCUUGGGUGUUUACAGUUAUCAUGACAGCAGUGUCGCUAACUGCCGACCAGAUGAUCCAGAAAGACAAGCAGGGCUUCUUUAUCUCCGUUGGCUCGCGGAACCUCGCCUUGUUCAUUGCAAGCUACAUGACACUUGGAAGCAUAAUAGUUUUGGUAAUCUACUGUUGGAUAACGUAUCUUGUGUUAAAAAGACGUUCGAAAUUCCUUGCAUUUGACAAAACCGACCUUGAAAGAGACAAAAAUAUGGUCGUUGCCUUGCAAAAAGAGAAGGCAACUAUCAUUGUUUGUGCUUUGGUUGUCGCUACAUUUCUUGCAUGCAACGUUCCAAUUAUCGUUGGCUUUUACAAGAAUGAGCUCAAUGCAGUAGAAGCUAACCUAGUCAACUUUAGCUCGGUUGUCAACCCUCUUGUGUACUUCUUUAAAGGUUACAUCGAAGAUUAUUUCAGCAAGGCAAAACUGGAGAUAACCUCUCAACCAAAGAAAACAGCAAAUGUGGAAAAGAUCACAUCCUUCUCUAAUGUUGGUUGUGAUGACGCCAAGAGGCAGAAUAUCAGUGAAACAUAGAAAAUACAAAUAUCUUUUUUUGAUAAACAUCAUAUAUUUUGGGCGUUCAUUUAGAUAGCGAUUAACUUGUUGUCCUGACAAAUUUGUUAAUUUAUUUUUAGUUAACACUGAAUUACUACACUACCAAGGAUUAUAUUCACCUACGAAAUUUUAGCAGUUAUUCAUCGCAAUAUUUUUAUUCUUCUCCUAUUGCGCAAUACUCCAUUAAAACUGUUUACAAGGGCAUGACCAAAACUAAAUUCCAACAAGCAUUUUCCGGCAGAAAGAGUUUCUUUUUGCUUGCAGUCUUCCAAAACCAACGCAUAUGGUGGUAAUUUAUUGCCAAACACUCUUCUAUCUGUCAUGCAGGUUUAAUUCCCUAGUUUGCGUUAAACGUUUUAAUUAGAAAUUCCCAGAAGCUGUCUAAAGUACCACAGGUGCAGAAGCAGAUAACAGCUCCGCCUAAAUAAAAUUAAUAGGAAUGGUAAAGGGCAAAAUCUGUUAUCGAAAAAAUAGUAGUGCCAAGUCCCCCUUUAUACUGCCGAAAACUUACCAAAUUCUACUUUCCUCAGUUGUUCCUGGGAAAAAUUCUGCGACAGCCCUUUUGUUCUAUUUACAGUACCAUACUCUGGAUCAAAGUACAUUGUAGGGGAAUUGU